AUGUAUUCUCGGCAAUUAUAUGUGUCAUUGGUCCAUUGCAAGAACUGAGCAAAGAAUCCCUUCAUCCUCUAGUCAUUCCAAGUCGAAGCUGAAGACAAGCUAGCAAUCAAGAAAUCUCAGUUCCUCUUGCAUCCUUAUAUUGAAGCCACUCCUGUUUCCCCCGCACCCAUUUGUUUAAGCAACAAGAAGGAAAUUCUACAAAAUAAAGAAGAGAUUAUGGCCGAGGCAAUUGCUUGCCCCGUUGCAUCGAAUCUUUUGUCGAAACUCGGUGAGUGCCUACUUGCACCCAUUGGACGUCAAUUUGGGUACGUGCUAUGCUACAAGAGCUACAUCAACGAUCUCAAAAAUGGAGUCAAGGAGCUGGAGACUGCAUGGGAAAGGGUGCAGCAUGACGUCCAAGACGCCAAGAAUAAUGGAAAACCCAUAUACACCGAUGUUGAGAAUUGGCUGAAGAGUGUGAAGGAGGAGAUUGAGAAGGCAGAUAACCUGUUAAAAUGUGGUGAAAGUGCAAACAAUGCUUGCUUCCGUGGGUGGCUUCCCAAUCCCGUGGUGCGCCAUCUAAUUGGCAGGAAGGUGAUGAAGAUAACUAAAGUCAUUCAGAGACUCCAAGAGAAAAGUCGAAAUAAUAACUUCCAGAAGGUCUACCAUGAGAGUCCUCCAAUAGGAAUUGUCACUGCUACCACUUCCGUUGCAAGAUCCUUUGACAACAAAGAAGAUGUCUUGGAGUCCAGGGCCAAAAUCAUGGAGGAUGUAAUGAAGGCUGUAGUUGAUGACAAGGUCAAUGUGAUUGGGGUGUGGGGAGUAGGUGGAGUUGGCAAGUCUAGGCUUUUGGAGGAUGUGGAAAGGCGAAUUAAGGAACAAAAGCUGUACGAUGUGGUCGCCAAGGCAAAUAUAUCACGCAAUCCAGACCUAAAAAGAAUUCAGGGAGAAAUUGCUUAUGCAUUGGGCUUGAAGCUAAUGAAUGAGGAAACUACAUAUGGUCGAGCAAAUCGUUUACGUGAAAGGUUAGAGGGUGAUAAUAAGAAAAACAUUCUCAUAAUUUUAGAUAAUUUGUGGGAGAAACUUGAGUUGAAGGAAGUUGGAAUUCCUUGCGGAGAUGGCAAUAAAGUAAGAAGCUGUAAGCUAUUAUUAACAUCUAGAUACCGAGAUGUUUUGCGCAUUCACAUGUGCUCUGACCAACAAUUCCAACUCAAUAAGUUAGAGGAUGGAGAAGCACGGAGACUUUUCAAAAGGAUAGUAGAGGACAGAGUUAUGGAUCCUAAGUUUACAAGCUUGGUGAAGAGAGUGGUCAAGAAUUGUGGAGGCUUGCCACUUUUGAUUGUUUCGUUGGCAAAAACGUUGAGGCAUGGAGAUUUGGCUGCAUGGAGGAAUGCUUCGACCUAUAUAGAUGAGUCGAAUGUAAAAUCACUAGUGGAACAAAAUUACAAUGACUUAAAAGAUGAGAGGAUUCAAUCAUUGUUCUUGAUUUGUGCUCUAGACUCCGGAAAAAUUUUCGUAAGAGAUUCCUUUAUCUACUGCAUGGGUUUGGGAUUAUAUGAAAAAUUCAGCAACACCAUCGAAGACGCUAGAGAUAGGUUGAUUGUGGAUCUGCAUAGGCUGCAGGACUCUUCUUUGUUACUAGAUAGUAAUGACUUGGAAAAGUUCAGAAUGCAUGACAUAUUUGUUGAUGCAGCCAUCUCUAUGUUUUCCACAGAAUGGAACGCCUUGGUCGGGAGGAAGGGUUUUGGGUUUAAAAAAUGGUCAACGCAUGAGCUUAGAAAAUGCACUGCAAUAUCCUUCUUAUGGGUUGGCAUUGAUGAGCUUCCUGAAAAUUUGGAUUGCCCAAACUUGAGGAUGCUUCUGCUAGUCGAACGCAAUCCGUCUCUCAAAAUUCCCGAUUCAUUUUUUGAAUCUAUGGAGAAACUUCAAGUCUUAGACUUGACUGGCUUAUAUUUCACCUCUCUACCUUCGUCGAUUAAGUUCCUUGGAAACCUCAAAUCGCUGUGUCUUGAUCAGUGCCAUCUGGAGGACGUGACUAUUCUUGGAAAGUUGAAAGGAUUGCAAUUCCUAAGUUUCCUUGCAUCAACAAUCCCUAGACUGCCCAAAGAAAUAGGUGAAUUAACAGAAUUGAGAUUUUUGGACUUGACUGAGUGCAUUGAGCUCAAAGUUAUCGAACCAGGUGUGCUCGGAAGCUUGGUCAAUUUAGAAGAAUUGAACAUGGAAGACAGCUUUGAUCAGUGGGAGGCUGAGGAUGAAGCACCGCCAAGCAAUGCCAGCCUGGCCGAGUUGAAAAGCAUGAAAAAUUUGAGCACUCUAUGCAUUGCCAUUCCUCAAUCUGUCAAUCUUUCAACAGGCUUGCCAUUUGGGAAACUGAACAAGUAUAAAAUCCAAAUUGGGGACGUUUGGAAUUGGUCGGGCAAAUACAAAGAAUCCAGAACUUUAAAGCUGAAGCUGGAUUCACGCAAUCUUCCUCUUGAAGAGUGGGUGUCAAAAUGUUCGCAAAAACCGCAAGAUCUCCACUUGGAUGGAUUGCAAAAUGACAUACAUAACAUUCACGAUUUGUGCGUCGGAGGAUUUCAGGAAUUGAAGCAUCUUCACGUACAAAAUAGCUCCUCCUUUCAAUAUGUUGUUGAUUCCACAGAGAAUGUCCAGUGCACUGCAUUUACUAGAUUGGAAUCUUUAUUUCUCAAGAAUCUGAACAACUUGGAGAAGAUUUGUCGUGGUUCUCUUUCCCUAGAAUCCUUCAAUAAAUUAAAGAUUCUGAAAGUGGAUAACUGUAAUGAAAUCAAACAUUUGUUUCCUUUCUCCAUGAAGAGAAUAAUAUCACAGCUCGAAGAGAUUGAAAUAAGCAAGUGCUGCUUGAUGCAGCAAAUUCUUGCAGAUGGGGAGACAAAUGAAGAUGGAGAUGAAAUAGAUGAUGAUACCAAAGUGACGUCAUGCAAAUUGCGUAGGUUGACAUUACGAAACUUGCCAAAGAUGACGAGCUUCUGUAAAACUGCGGACCAUUUAUUCGAUUUCUUCGACGGACAACAGGUUUCAUUGGCCUCAUUGGAGUCCUUGACAAUAUCUGAACUUCCCAAAUUGAAAGAGAUAUGGAAUUCUCAAUUUCCUUCAAUUGUGAGCAACCUAAAAUUUUUUAAGGUUGAGGAUUGUGCCUUCCUCUUGAGCAUCUUCCCAUCAAAUUUGGUGACAAAGCUACAGAAUUUGGAAGCCAUAACCAUUGAAAGAUGUCAGUUACUACGAGAAGUAUUUGACCUUGAAGGACUAACAGUCAUUGGGGAUGUUGAGAUUCUAUCGCAAUUGACAACAUUAACCUUGAGUGACUUAUCAAGGUUGGGACACAUAUGGAACAAGAAUCCAAGAAGAGCAUUGUGUUUCCGAAACUUGAGGGUACUAAAAGUGCAAAACUGUGAGAACUUGAGGUUUAUUUUUUCUUCUUCCAUGGCUAAAGCACUCCAACAAAUAAAAGAGAUAAAAAUAGUGAGAUGUAAACUGUUGGAGGAAAUUAUACAUGUGCAAGAAGAAGAAUCAAAGGAAGAUGCAUCCAUCGACACUCUAGAGUUCCCUCUAUUAUCCUCCUUAUCUCUUGAGGAAUUGCCAAAUCUCAGGACAUUCUCCUAUGGGACAUACUGUAUUCACUAUCCAACCUUAACAAGAUUAACAAUAUCUGAAUGCCCCAAAAUGAUGACAUUCUUUUCAUUCGAAGGAAAGCAACGGUCGAUAACAGCUGAUGCGGGUUUACAAAAACCAUUUGGCCGUGUCAACUCUGACUUGUCCUUGCCCGUCUUCUUCAAUGAAAAGGUUCUUUUUCCAAGCUUGGAGAAAUUGAAACUUUCGUCGAUGUGCGAAUUAAAGAGGAUAUGGCACAACCAAUUCAACGAACAGUCCUUCUACAAACUCACAUCCCUCACUCUUGAACUUUGUGAAAAUCUAUCACAUGUUUUUCCAUCAAAUUCAAUCAAUAGGUUGCAAAGCUUGUAUGAAAUUAAGGUGAUCGGGUGUCCCUCCUUGGAGGCAUUAUUUGAACCGGUAAGUCUCAAGACCGAGAGAAGGCAAAAACCAUUGGUCCUCUCUGCAUUAAAAAAAGUGGAGUUGUUGAAUCUACCAAGGCUGAGAGACAUUUUGAAGAGUGAAUGCAAAGUAACCUUGGCAUUUCCUAGUUUGAAGGAAGUGAACGCAAGGCAUUGUCAUAGUUUGUCAUAUCUCUUCUCGAGUGUGACAGCCAAAACUCUUCAUGAACUUGUAGUGCUUGAUGUUUCAUGUUGCAAUAAUCUACGAGGCAUAAUUGUGAUGGAAGAAGGAAAAGGGGAAACCGUAGAGACAUUCAAGUUCCCUCAUUUAACCAAACUCAAGCUUGAUGACCUUAAGAGUUUGGUUUGCUUUAGUUCAGAGAAUUGUGCUAGUGAUGGGUCACAUCCUCUAUUUGAUGAGAAGCUUGCAUUUCCAAAGUUAGAAGAGUUACAUGUUGAGGGAGUUCAACAAAAAGAAAUAUGGAAUGAUAAAAUCCAUGUGGAAUCCUUUUGUCACCUAAAAGUCCUCAAGGUGAAACAAUGUCACAACCUAAUGAAUGUGAUUCCAUCAUCCAUGUGGAAGAGGUUGCUUCACUGUAUGGAGUCCUUGACAGUUGAGAAAUGUCAAUGUCUAAGAAACCUUUUUACAAUGUCCAUGGCAAAAAGUCUAGGACAACUCCAAUAUCUGGGUCUUGGUGGUUGUGGAGAGAUAGAGUACAUUGUCGCCAAAGAAGAGGAGGAACCUAAAGAAGCAACCGAUCAAAUUGUAAUUCCUCAACUUGUCACUUUAUAUCUUCACAACAUGCCAAAACUCAGAAGUUUUUGCCAAGGGAAGCAUAUUUUAGAGUGGCCCUCCUUGAAAGAAUUUACUAUUGAUGGUUGUAAAGCUGUGAAGGUGAUUCUUGGAGAUGUCAGUUGUGGAAAAUUAGAGGGUAGCGUUCCAACUCAUCAACCGCUUUUACUUGUUGAAAAGGUUGAGUUUCCUAGUAUGGAGUCGAUGAAGAUCUUGCAUAUGGAUAAUAUGGAGAAGAUAUGGCUUGAUGAUCUUGAUUUAAAUGCCUUUGUCAAACUCAAGAUGCUAGUAGUGGCGUAUUGUGAGAAACUUUUAUCCAUAUUUUCAUCUUAUAAUGUGCUCACAAGAUUUCGAAACCUAGAAAAGAUAACCGUGACCGAUUGUGGAUCCUUAGAAGUGGUAUUUCAAGUCCAAGAGUUUGAAUUUAUCGAAGCUUGUUCUACAAAUACUUUUCAAUUGAGAGAAUUAGUUUUGAUGCGGCUCUCAAAAAUGAAACGCUUGUGGAGUGAACUUCCUCAAGGAGGUCUUACCUUUGGACGCUUACAAUGCACAGAGGUUGUCCAGUGUGAGAGUCUCAAAAGUUUAUUUCCAAGCUCAGUGGCAAAAAGUAUGACACAGCUCCAAAAACUUUUGUUAUUGGAUUGUGGGGUGGAGGAAAUUAUCGCGGAGGAAGAUGAAGUAGGGAUGAAUGCGGGUGAUCUCUUCUUUCCGCAAUUAACCGAACUAAGAUUAGUUGACUUGCUGAAACUGAGGAGCUUCCACCAAAAUAGUCAUACUUCAACAUGGCCACUCUUUAAACAAUUGCAAGUAAGACAUUGCAACAAGAUGAGGUCAUUCUCAUUUGCUUGUGAAUUCCAAAGCUGUCAAGGUACAACCACCAGUGAAAACCAGCCUACACUCUUUUCUUUUGAAAAGGUCAUUUCUCACUUGAAGGUACUGGAAUUGACAAGGGAUGAUGUUGUGAUGCUACCACAGCAUUACAUCUUUGACAAUCUUAAAGAGUUGGGUUUGGGAUGCUACCAUGAUGAAAACAUCGCUUUCCCCUCCGACUUCCUUCUCCAAGGAUUCCCCAAUCUAGAAGGGCUUCGUGUGCAGUGUAGUUCUUUCGAGGAGAUAUUUUCAGAAGAUGAUCUUGGACAUGGGGGAGCUACUCCCUGUGGAGGAUUGACAGACGUGGAAAAACCUCUCAAGUCACUUGGAAAUCUGAAGCAGCUUUGGUUGCUAGAGCUAUGUAACUUGAGGGGAAUCUGGAAAGAUGGCUCCUUGAUGGCUGAAAUCCUCAAACAGGUUGAAUUUUUGUACCUUUCGCAGUGCCUGAGUUUAUCGAUCGUAUUUCCAUCUCCUGCCUCAUUCCAGCGAUUGAUGAUAUUAGAAGUAAGGGAGUGCGCUAGUUUGGUUCAUUUGGGUACUUGCUCGGCGAUGACAAGUCUGGUGCACCUUACUCAGCUAACUCUAAGCGAUUGUGGUGUAAUGGAAGAUAUGGCAACAGAUGAUGGAGAUGGAGCAAAGGAGAUCCUUUUCCCCAAGCUAAAACAACUAAUACUUGAUCGUUUACCAAGCCUUGGGAGCUUCUCCCCAACGAAUUGCGCCUUCAGGUUCCCAUCACUAGAGUGUAUUGUCAUCACGCAGUGCCCCAAGAUGAAUAUAUUCUGCAAUGGUGCCUUGAGGACACCAAAGCUAGAUAAAGUACUCCUCUCCAAAGACGAUGGUGAAGGACAUUGGGAGGGCGACCUUAAUACUACCAUUCGAACCUUAUCGACUUGCAACAAUCCAUAACAAAUUUAGUAAUGCAGGUGAAUCUGUUUGCUUAAUCGUGUCUUGCCUGAACUUAGUGACAAAAGGAAGAAACUUGCGUUCUUCUUUGAACUAUAUAUAUAUAUGUUUGGCUGUGUUAUGACAAAAUCAUUAUAUAUUCCGAAUAUUAGGGGCUUUUAUGCACUUUCUUACCAAUGCAUUCUAGCUGUUUGAUGAAUUGCUUAGCACAAUUUGAAUCAAUGUAGCUUCGAAGAUAGUGAGGUUUUGUUAUAUGGGGCCGUGUGCUUGCCCACUUCUCUGGUUAGUUUUGGGGAGUGUCUUACUAACAAUGUUUGUUCCUUUCAAGUGUCAUGCACCCUACGAUCAAAGUGGCUGCUUUUAUUUGCUAGAAGGUGUCUCCUGUAGUUAGAUGUUGAAGCAAUCCUUUUGCAACCUGUGCUUUAAUAGUGUUUUAGUGCAUGGUGUUGAUGCGUCUCGACAUGGAGCCUAUUCACAGUGGGUGGGUGUUUAUUGAAUAUCUCGUUCUUUUUCUAGUUUGGGAUGUCCUAUCUAUGUCAUUUCCUUGCUAAUGGUACUAGUGUAGCAUUUCAGCAAACAAUCAAUUAAAUGUGGGGGUGCUUUAUUCUUUAUCAAAUUUUAUGGAGAUCUUGUAUGUACGUUGGCUUUUGGGUUGCCUUUUGGGCAGCAUCAUUUAGCACCAAGAAGUUUCUUUGGCGUUGAACUAUUUGGACUAUGACAACAGCAGCCAUACACUGACCAAAAAGGGAAGAAGUUAGAGAAUCCAAAUAAGCUUGUGUCCUUCAAGUAGCGCAACAUAUCCUACAUGGAGCCGUUCAUCCUUCAAGUAGUUCAGUCUCUGAUUGACAGUGGCAUCGACAUUAAAGUUUAUCUUGACUGAUUUUCCCUCCUUGCGCAUGAUCUUGUUUAUGAGUGCAACUCCUCGUAUGAAUAUACUGACAUCUUUGACAUUGUUUUGAGAAAACUAGU